UGGCACGGUAGGCCAGUAUCGACCAUGGUAUGUCUGUUUGGAUCGGGAUGACGAGAGAUAAGUUGACAACACAAUAGAAAAGACAUUGGUUGGUACAGAGGGGUGAUAAGAUGGGUGACUGGAGACCAUUUGUAUAUGGAGGGCUGGCAUCCAUAACUGCAGAGAUAGGUACCUUUCCUAUUGACACAACAAAGACAAGGCUACAGAUUCAGGGGCAGAUAAUUGACGCUCGGUUGUCCGAGCUUCGAUACAGAGGGAUGACUCAUGCCAUGUUGAGAAUAUUUCGAGAGGAGGGGCUUUCUGCACUCUACUCAGGAAUAUCCCCAGCCAUUCUUAGACAAGCUACCUAUGGAACAAUCAAAAUUGGAAUUUACCAUUCACUUAAAUCCAUGUUAGUUGAUAAUCCACAAGAGUCAACGUUAUUUAUCAAUGUUUGCUGUGGAAUAGUAGCAGGAAUUGUGUCAAGUGCAAUAGCCAACCCCACUGAUGUUCUAAAGGUUCGCUUACAAGCUAAGACAGAUAUAAAUGACAAAGAAUCCAUGUUGCAAGCCUUUGGAAGGAUAUAUAAAGAAGAAGGCAUAAAAGGUCUUUGGAGGGGUGUGAUUCCCACUGCGCAGCGAGCAGCAAUAAUUGCUGGCGUGGAGCUUCCUGUGUACGACUUCUCUAAAUACUGGAUACUUAGAUCGGGAUAUUUUGAAGAUAAUGUUGGUGUACAUUUUAUAUCAAGCUUUUUUGCAGGAUUAGCCGGUGCUAUAUUUUCCACACCAGUUGAUGUUAUCAAGACAAGAAUGAUGAACCAAAAAAACCUUAAGGAAAAGACUUUGUCUUCCAAGAUCUACUCCUCCUCUAUUGAUUGUGCUAUACAGACGACAAAAACAGAAGGAUUUAUGGCUCUGUAUAAAGGUUUCGUCCCUAUUUGGGUCAGGCUGGGUCCAUGGAAUAUUAUUUUUUUCAUGACUUAUGAACAGCUGAAGAAAGUUAAAUGAGUUGUCAGAGGCAUAUUUGGUAAAAUUUAGAGUUAUAGAAAAUUACUUAUUUGUGGAAAGUUCAUAGGAUUUUUUUUAAAUAAAAAGGCUUUAUUUUAAAGUUAAUAUAAGUAUGUGUAUUGAAAAAUAAUAAAGUACAUGGAUAAAGCAAAUAUAAAAGCACACAAUUAUAGAUAUUGUAUUUUACUAGUGCAAUAUGUCAAAUGAUUUGUUAAUAAAGUUCUUGAUUUCAAUGAAUGGUGUUGCCAUGUUUACUAAAAGUAGCCUUAACGUGGCUUAACUUGUUACUUAACAGUACUUCUCCUAAACUUUAGUUUGAUUUCAAUAAAAAUGAUUACACAAA